GAAAAGAAAGAGAGAGAUCGAAAGAGAGUAAGAGCGAAGCGGGCGCCGUUACGAUAAAAGAAGUUUUUCGGAGAGCGUAUUCGGGAGCGUUCAAUGGUCGAAGCAGCUAUGCGCCACGCCGUCGUAGAGCUCUUAGCUAGCUAGUUCUGACUACGGGAGGUCUCGGGCCGCAGUUACGACCUCGAGAACAAGCGGGUUCGACUCGCGAAGAUGACCAUAAUAGUCUUUUUGAUCGACACGUCGGCCUCCAUGAAUCAGAGGGCAUAUUUGGGCGGGCGACCCACGCUUUUAGAUGUAGCCAAGAGCGCCGUGGAGACUUUCGUGAAGGUAAGACAAAGAUCACCAGAAAGUCGUGGAGAUCGUUACAUGCUUCUGACCUUCGAAGAUCCGCCUCAGAAUAUUAAGGCUGGAUGGAAAGAAAAUUUAGCUACUUUUAUGAAUGAGCUUAAAAAUUUACAAUGUGUUGGACUGACAACAUUAGGUGCUGCUUUGAAACAUGCUUUGGAUGUUUUGAAUAUAAAUCGAAUGCAAACUGGAAUAGACACAUAUGGACAGGGGAGAUGUCCUUUUUAUUUAGAACCAUCAGUAAUUGUUGUGAUUACAGAUGGAGGAAAAUAUACAACUAAUAGUGGAGUUAAUCAAGAUGUAACUUUUAUAACUAAUUAUAAAAUAAAAUUCACAUUGCCAAUGCAUUCUCCUAUACCUGGAUCUGAGCUUACAAAAGAACCAUUCAGAUGGGAUCAAAGAUUAUUUUCUUUGGUACUUCGCUUAUCUGGAACUCCAGCUGUUGAGAGAGAUACAGGAUUAGUGGCAAGUGAUUCAUCUCCAAUUGAUGCUAUGUGUGAAGUUACUGGAGGUCGUUCAUAUUGUAUAACAUCUUUUAGAAUGAUGAUGCAAUGUAUAGAUUCUUUGGUACAAAAAGUUCAAUCUGGCGUAGUAAUAAAUUUUGAAAAAAUUGGUCCAGAUCCUCCGCCAUUAAAUAACGAAACGCAACAUGCAGACGAUGAUGAAAAUGAAGAUGAAAAUAUUGCAACGAACGGAACUCGAACGUAUCCUCCUAAUCCAACAGUACCAGGAAAUACUGCAUGGCAUUCUUGCAGAAGACUGAUUUAUGUUCCACGAUCUGCUCAGAAAGGUUUUGCAGUUGGAUUUUGGCCAAUUCCUGAAAGUUUUUGGCCUGAUUUGAGCGCUAGUUCUUUACCACCUAGAUCAGCGCAUCCAAAUGUAAAAUUUACUUGUACCAGUCAAGAGCCUAUGGUAAUAGAAAAUCUUCCAUUUGAUAAAUAUGAAUUAGAACCAAGUCCAUUGACACAAUAUAUAUUGGCCAGAAAACAACCAACAAUUUGUUGGCAAGUUUUUGUGGCUAAUUCUUAUAAAUCAAGUGAUGUUGGUCAUCCAUUUGGAUAUUUAAAAGCAAGUACUAAUUUAACAUGUGUAAAUUUAUUUGUUAUGCCUUAUAACUAUCCAGUACUUUUACCUUUAUUGGAAGAAUUGUUUAAAGUACAUAGAUUGAAACCAACAAAUGAAUGGCGAACACAAUUUCAGAAUUACAUGAGAACAAUGCCUACUUAUUAUGCAGCAUCUCUUAGGAGAGCUUUAACUAGAAUGGGUGCACCUGCACCAUUAGCACAAACAUUAAUACCCGAUAAUAUGGAUAAUUCUUUAUCGUAUAGUGUCUUAAAUUAUUUAAAACGGUUAAAAAAUCAAGCUAAAAUUGAAUUUGAUAGACUUUGUAAUGAGGUUCUUUCCAAACAACUUGCUACUGCCAAUAUGACAAAAAAUUUAGUAAAUGGUAGUACAACAACAGUAACAGAGGGAGUAAGAGUUACUCCUAGAACUCCAUUAAAAAAAGAUUUGGUAUCACAUCCAUUAUUACAAGAUAAAUUUACAGGAUUGAGGGAUCAAUUAAAUGAGUUUGGUGGUUUUGUAGUUGGAUUAGUUAGAAAUCAACAACGUGGGGCGCAUAGCUAUAGGAACGCGUUUGAUGUUCCGCGAAAAUCUCUGUUAGAUCAAGUUGUUAGAAUGCGUGCUAAUUUUCUACAACCUGGAUUAUUACACACAAAGUUACUUGAUGAUGAUUAUGUUCAUUCAAUGCCAUUGGCACAAAUGGGAAAUUAUCAAGAAUAUUUGAAACGUAUGACUCCACCAUUAAGAGAAAUAGAAAGUGCUCCAGUUAGACAACAUAUGUUUGGUAAUCCAUUCAAAAUAGAUAAAAGAAUGAUGGUAGAUGAAGCAGAUAUUGAUAUGGUUGGAGCAACAUCUUCAACUUCUAAAGGCGGUCUUAAACGUACUUUACCUACAUCAGAUGGAGGAGGAUCGUUAACUUCAAAACCACCACCAAAUAAACGUAAACCAGGUCCAAUUCCUAAAGAUGUAAUAAUACGGAGGCCGUCAUACACACCUACGAAUACUCCACCAAGUUCGCCGAUACCAUGGGUUGAUGAUACGAAAAAUCAAGUAACUCCGACUGCCGACUCAAAUUCAGUUUCAUCGAAUGCAUUGAACUCAUCUACUGGAUCAAAUAUGUCAUAUGUAAAUUCGCCAGAAAAAUUAGUAAAUGGCCUUGCAGAAAUGCCAACGAUACCAGUUUUUGAACCAAUUCCAGUAGAACAUACUAAUAAUCACAUGGAUGCACCACCAACUUUAACACCGAUAGUUAAUAAUGUUGAUACAUCUAAAAGCGAAGUGAAAACUGAAAAGCCAGAAAGUGUUAAGAAUGAGUGUAACAAACUACCUCCUAAUGAUUGUGUUGAAAAUAGUGUGAAAGUUGAAAAUUUGAUUGAUGAACGAUUGUCUAAUCAUGUUGAAGAAAAACACGAAAAAAUAGAAAAAGAUAAAGUUUUAACAAAAAAAGAAUUGGAAGAUAUUAGAAGGCAUAAUUUGUCUGUUCGAGAACUUGUAUACAAAGAAGUACGAAGAAGAGGUACAAAUUAUGCAACACUAUUUUCACAUUUACACCAAAUUCAAGGAACUCUAGAUAUACGACUUGCAUUUUUGCGAGAUAUUGUAAAAGAAUCAUUACGAUUUAAAAGACGUAAUUUGGCAUCAUUACUAGAAGAAUAUUUGAAAACUGUACAAGAAGAUAACUGGACUAUAAAUCAUAAAGUAAAUCACAAUGGUGCCACAAAAAUAAGUCCGCAUAAAGGGCCUGGCAGUGUUCCCUUAAAACAAACUUCGGUUUUGCAUCACUUUUUUUACAUGAUGUUACGCCAUCAACAUCACGCAAUGCAAAACCAACUUCGAGAUCAUAAUAGAAUGGGUGGUCCGAUGCGUCCUAUGCAACAGGCAAAUAUGGCCCCUUUACAUCAGCCUCAGCAUCCGUUAUCGCAUCGGAAUCCACAUCAACAAAUACUGUCCAUGCCCCCCCAUCAACAACAUAUUCAUCAUAUGCAACACCCUGGUCCACCACAUGGAAAUCCAAGGCAACCAAUGUUGAUGGGCAUGAAUGCACAUAAUACGAAUGGUAUUUUAAACGGCACCAUGGUUAGCGUCAGUCUAAAGGAUCAGACAAAUACUGUUUCUGUGACUCUACAAAAUCCUAAUGUACCACCACCACAGUAUUCACAACAGCAAAACAAUCAACGAAAUCCUCCGCCUCCACAACAUAUUCAACAACCACAAAGCAUAGAAUCAAAUAAACCUGCUACAAAUGAAACAAAGAAUGGAGAGUCCAGAGAUCAGAGUCCACCUACUCAAAAUCAUAUUAAUGUGACUGAUUCAGCUUUGGCAAACAUGAAAGAAAAAACACCAAUGUGCUUAUUGAAUGAAUUAGCACGUUUUAAUAAAAUUCAGCAUCAAUACAGAUUGACUAACGAACAAGGACCAGCGCACAAAAAACGAUUUACAGUAACAUUAAAAUUAGGAGAAGAAGAAUAUGUUGCUGAGGGUCCUAGCAUAAAAAAAGCUCAGCAUAGCGCUGCUACUGAAGCAUUAACAAAAACUUGGUAUCAACGGCCUCCGCCGAAACCUACAAAGACGAUGAGAGCUGGACAUCCAGGAAAAUGUUUUAGUGGUCCUGGAAAUUUACCCCCAACUGUUGAAUUAAAUGCUUUGGCUAUGAAAAGAGGAGAAGCUACUGUCUAUACUUUUAGACAAGCCCCACCAGCAGGAUUACAACAAUAUGUUACAAAUAGUUUAGGACAUUUUCCUCGAAUAUUUAAUCCACGUUUUCCUACUUAUAAUCGUGGUUUUCAUGCAGAACCUCAAUUAUAUCUUGUAUCCUUAAAGGUAGGAGAACGUGAAUUUAUUGGUAGAGGUCUGACAGGUCAAGCAGCGCGACAUGAUGCGGCGAGUAAAGCUUUAGAACAAUUACGCCAAUUACCAUUACCGGAAGAAGUAGCAAAUUGUAACACUGCUGAAAAUGGUACAUUAGGUGAAGUUAAAGAUCCAAUUGCAGAGUUGAAAAGUCCUGUAUCUUUAGUUCAUGAGAAAGCAUUAAAACGUGGUUUACCUGUUAGUUUUGAAGUUGUAUCAGAAAUUGGUAAACCUCAUAUUCGAACAUUCAGAACAAAAUGCACUGUUGGAGAUAAAGUUACAUUAGGAGAGGGACCUUCAAAGAAAGUAUCAAAGAAACAUGCAGCUGAAUUCAUGUUAGAAGAACUCAAUCGUCUACCUCCGUUGCCAGAAACUAUACAAAAUCGUCUUGUUCGAGUAAAACGUAAACCACCGGCAACAAAAAAGAAGUCGCGAAAUCUUAUAAAAGUUUAUCAAGAACCACGCUCUGAAUCUGAUGCUGCAGAAGAAGUUAAUCCUGUUUCGCGAUUGGAUCAAAUACAACAAGCUAAACGAGAAAAAGAACCUGUCUAUAAUUUAAUUGAAGAAAAAGGAGCACCAAGGCGAAAAGAAUUCGUUAUGGAAGUUACUAUGGGACAACAUUCUGCUCAAGGAAUUGGUCCAAAUAAAAAAUUAGCUAAAAGAGCUGCGGCAGAGGCUCUUUUAGCACAAUUAGGUUACAGUAAGCCUCAACCACAACCUACUAAGCCAUCAAUUAAAACAGGAGAAAGUGAAAAUACUGAACAAAAACCUAGGAAAGUCACAUUUUUAGAAGAUGAACAAAUUAAUGAAACUCAAUCUCAUCCACCAGUAGGAGGAACUAUUGGACGUCAGUUAGUACCUGGACUUCUAUUAGUAGAUGGAGGUCAGGAAUCUAAAUUAGGCAGCGGACCUAGUGUACAAAUUGUUGCCGAAGAAUUACGAGGACAACAACAACAAAAUCCACCUACUGUUUCUCCCAAAGAUCAAUUAAAAUAUCUCUCUCAAUUAUUUAACUUCAGCGUGGAAUUUAAUGAUUUUCCAAAGGGAGCAGUAAAUAAAGAAUAUCUAUCACUUGUAACAUUAAGUACAGAUCCACCACAAGUUUGUCAUGGUAAUGGGCCAACGAGAACUGCAAGUCGUAACGAAGCAGCAUUGAAAGCUUUAUGUACUUUAAGUAAGCUGGGUCUCGAUAAUGCAUCCAACUCACAAACAAAAAAAGAUAAAGGUGCGUCUGGAGAUGGAAUACACAUUAGCAUUCAAGUUAAAAACAAUAUAAUGGAUGGAGCUAUUGAUAAUUGUUGAAUGAAGUAAUCGGAGGGAAAAUGAGUCUUCUCGAUCUAUCUCUCUGGGCCUUAUUACAUGGUAACUUCAAUAUUGAAUCACCGAUGACUCUCGAUCUUCAUACAUUACGCCAUUGCUUCUUUAACUUAACGGAUCGCGGAUUUUGAAGAUCAGUAGCUUUUUAUGAAGGAUCAAUCUUUUGCAGUGCCUUAAUCGCAACAAAAUAAUUGCUCAAGCACCAAUAAAUGAUAAAUAAAUAACAAA